AUGGCAGUGGUUGACCUGCUUGGCUUAAUAUAUCAUGAUGAUAUGAGUACGGCACCAUAUUGGGUCUGUUUUGCUCAAGGGUUAAUUUUCCAAUUCACCAGCUAUGUGCAAGCGGCAUCUGCAUUUGGUUUUGCGAUGCAAACCUACAGACUAUUAGUUCUCUGUAAACAAGAAUCUGGAUGGGAAACAAGAAGAGCUGAUAUUAUUCUCCUAAUUUUUUAUCCAUUAAUACUGAUAGUAGUGCUGACGACAGUUUGCUUAAAGUAUAAAGCUAUCGGACCUCAAGCGACGCACUGUGAUGUGGUAGACCCACCGUGGAUAAGAUUAAUCGGUUACUCCGGCAGUAAUUUAGUUAUAAGUACCAUAGGAAUGUAUAUAAGCGGUCGGUCUGCAUAUGCAUUAAUCACGCAUCUUGCACUAUUUCGUUCGACUAUGGAAUCAAAAUCAACAGUAACUAGUGGAAGUCAAGAAAGUACCAAUCGAUUGCCAGCCGAAAUUUACACGCAAAACGAAAAUAACGCAGAUGACGAAACGGAGAUGAGUACCAAAGAAAUUGAACUCUCCAAAAUUGCUAGUCCAGAUACUUCAGUCUCAAUUAAAAUAGAAACCGGUGGCGUCCAAUUAUCCACACCCUCAUCACGAGUCACUCAAAGGCGAUAUUCAGUGACAAAAGGAGCAGCUAUACGGAUGGUUUCAGUCUCGGUGCUAUUUAUUUUGAUAAAUUUUCUCGCGUCAAUCGAAACAAUAAGUGCUGUUCUCAGAGGAAAGUCGUUCAAAGAUCGUCAUUUAAGAAUCAGUCACCUUGUUGGACCGUUGAUCGGUAUUUCACUUUUCUUGGUUUUUGGCACUGGGCGAGAGAUGCGAAAAAAUUUUACCCAAACAUUCAGAUCGAUUCGUAAUGGUUUGAGACGGUCAUCUAAUCCGGGUAUUAGUCGUUUUGAAUAA